CUCAAACGUUCGACCGACGUUUCGCUUGUAACGUUACAGAAACGUUCGGAAGUGGUUACUAAUGUCGCGACCAGAAUGCAGAGUUUCUGAAAUGUCCUUGCUACGUUAUGAUGAAACGUCCUGAAGAACAACGACAGAACACGAAAUACGGGUGCGGCAAUGGACUUCUCAUCGUUUCCUCAAACGAGAGACCCGCUACUGAAUAAAAACGUUGAUGGUCUUCCUCAUCUUUCACCGUGCGGCGAAAAUGAUUCAUCUGGCUCGGACAAAGACAGUACAGGGACUUCACGCAUUUCUAUAAGAGAAAUAGACCAGGUGCGGGACGAAAAUACACAGGAGGACUUGCCACUCCAUGUCAGGAAGCCUCAUCACCACAACCACAGAAAGGUGCAGCCUGUAGCCUGGAUGAUCAUUUUCGGUGACGCACUCCACAAUUUCAUUGACGGCAUUUCAAUAGGUGCUGCGUUCACGGAGAGCAUACUUGCCGGUGUUUCAGUCUCGAUUGCUAUAUUUUGCGAGGAGUUGCCGCAUGAAUUGGGUGAUUUUGCUGUGCUGCUGAAUGCUGGAAUGAGGAUGAAGAAGGCGCUGAUGUACAAUUUUAUGUCUGCCUGCAUGUGUUACCUUGGCCUCAUUGUGGGGAUAUUUCUCGGUGAAAACACAGCUGCACAUACCUGGGUGUUCGCAUUUGCUGGCGGAAUGUUCCUGUAUAUAUCGCUGGUCGAUAUGUUGCCGGAAAUGAAUGCUGCCACGGAAGUAGAAGAUAACAAGAACAUGAAUCACUUCACCAUAUAUAUACUGCAGAAUCUAGGACUCCUUACUGGCUUCGGUUUGAUGUUGAUAAUGGCGAUAUAUGGAGGUAGUCUAGAAAAUGCCAUCAAAGGCAUUUCAUAAAACUGCUAGUAUAGCUUGCAAACACUAACAAUUGCCACUUGCCAUUUUGAUAUGUUCAUAAGUUUUCUUCAUACUAGAAUGCUUUUAACCCUUUACUGAUCAGCAGCAAACAGCAUAAAACCUGUAAAUGAGUUACUCGCAGGCUGUUUUGGUUUUGUGCUGUUAGAACAUCGCCAUUUUCACUUUGCCUCUGAGUGGAAAAGGGUUAAGUAAAUAUGAAUAUAUGCUAUUUACUAAGUGUUAUAAUUGGUUUAUUCUUUGAAACCCAUUGUGAAACAAAAUCGAUUAUUAAUGUAGGACAAAAUUCAAAAUGAUAAUAACGUUCACAAUUAUCAAGUUAUUGUUGGCAAGCUAUACAGGUGAAAGAAUUCCCAUGUUUUAAGUGUACUUUUUUCAACUUUGUACAAACAAUAAGGUUGGCAUUUAAUGUUUGGUUUUAGUUUGUUUGUGAUAUUGUUUUAAAUCUAUGUAAAUCUUUUAAGAAAUUCUAUACAGAAAUAAUAUUUUUAUAUACUUCUUUUACGGGACUGUUGGUUUGUUUGCUUCUGUUUACAUGACCGUUAAUCACAUGAGCCAAUGCAACUUCCGAGGUGGCGCUCAGGCCCGGGUGUUUUGAAAUUUCAUUAAUAAUUUUACAAGGUGAGUAGGUUUUAUAUGUUAUUUCUUCAACAUAUUUCGCAAUAUUUGUUUUAAUCGGGCAAUGUAGCGCGAUUCUGCGAAGAUUAAUUAAUCCAAACAAGUACAGAAACAAACAUUCGCAACCCAUUAAAAAACUUAAGAACCUUUAUAGGUUUUAAAAAGCAGUUUGAUGAAUUGUUCCUGUGUCACGAGAAAAUUUCCACCCAAUAAUAUCGCGUACGGCAUCAAACGAUUGCGUACAGCAUACAUUAGAUGCUACAUGCACAAAAAUAUUGGCUUUUUGCGAACAAAGUAGAUAAUGUUCCAUUUUUAACAAAAGAAAAGCGACAUUUACACACAUAGCCUUAGAUUCUUGACCAACAUUUACACACCUUAGACUAGAAUUUGUGUGGAAUUUACACACAACACUUAUGUUUUGAGUGACAUUUACAGACAUAGCACUAUAUUUUUGAGUGACAUUUACAGACCUAGCAUUAGUUAUAAGUGAUACUUACAUAUGUAGCAGUAGAGUUUUGGAUGUCCUAUACAUACAUAGCACUUGAGUUUUUAUUUACA